AUGUGUUUUCGUAAAAACAGUUUUUACAGCUUGAUUCAAUAUGAGAAUGCUCGUUGCUUCCAAAAAUUGGAGAGGCAUUCAAUUGAUAAUUCUCAACCUUUAACUGAAAUAUUCCGGACACACCCAUUAGAUUGUUUGUCUCAAUGUGUUGCCCAUACAGGAAAUGGGGACGAACAAAAAAAUCCAGGAUUAUGCCGUUCAGUUGUUUACGAUCAUUUACAACAUAGUUGCCGUUUAUAUUCUCAUGAUGGAAGAGAAGUCCCAGCUAUUUUACAUCCCGCAAACGGCUUUGACCUUUAUAGGAGAACAGCUAGCACACAAGAAUGUGCAGGACCUUUACAACGACUUAGAGCGUCAUUACAAGCUAAGAAAAAAGUUUUGGCUGCCCCGAGCCUUCCAAAGGAAGUGGAUGAACCACCAAUUUUGGAACCAACAACACAGCUUACUACUCAACCAGUUCAGGAAGAGUAA